CAGCCCUUACUAGUACGGCUUUGAUCUCCAUCGCCCCACAGCUUGGUCAUUUCGCUGCCAGUGCAGCUCACUGUAAUCGCCGAACACACUUGGUGGACAUCCUGACGGGCAAAGACAUCAACCUUCACCAAUGUAUCAAUUCCCUGAUGAUGUUCGAGUAUCUCGAGGAAUUUGGGAGAAGGUGGCCCAGACAGCUGUCAAGGGUGCUGCAUAUGACUCCCGCGAACGCCAGCCACAUCCAAAAUGUUGGACAGACACCCGGGUGGUCCUUCUCAACCGCAUCUACGGAUUAUUAGACGACCGAGAGAAAAGUCGACUGAUUUGGUUGCAUGGCACAGCGGGCGUCGGAAAGUCUGCUGUUGCGUUCACUGUAGCUGAAAGGAUGAGAGGUCUCAAAGUAACAGAGCAGAUUCAGACGAACAUCGAAAAGCGGCUCGCGGGAACCUUCUUUUUCUCGCGCAAGCACACGAAACGUUGCACCACUGGAUAUUUUUUUGCGACAUUUAUCUACCAGCUUGCCAUCAAUUUCCCCAGCAUCCGGGGGGAUGUAAUCAAGGCUAUCCACGAGGAUCCUGCACUUCUAGACCCCGACAGGUCUCUUCAAGACCAGAUGGAGGCGCUUUUUCUCCGACCUCUCCGGAGGCUUCGGCUCAGACUGCUCGACUGUGCUCCUUUGGCGUUUAUUGUUGAUGCUCUUGAUGAAUGCAUGUCCAAAACUGAGGCCGCUGAUCUCAUCUCCGCACUCAGUCAAGCUCUUCAUGCACCAGAUCUGCCCGUGGUCCACAUCCUGCUCACGAGUCGCUCUGAAGCGCAUAUCCGUGAAGCCAUGCAAGAGGAAGAGGCGCGCCUGCCGAUCAUCGAGAUACCAGCGAAUAUGCCUGCGGAGGGCGUUGUUACCACCAUCUCGUUAGACGCCAUAGAUGUUGACGACGACAUCUUUUUUUUCCUGCUGCAUUCCUUGAAAAAGCUCCAAAAUCGCCACAAUUUCCCGCUACCAACAGAAGGUGAACUUGAGCGGUUGGCGAGCCGAGCGGGCCGACGUUUCAUUGUGGCGUCUACGAUGAUGAAGUUUAUUGAUGAUGGGUACAAUGAUCCUCGCGAUCGGCUCCAGCUCAUGCUCGAACUUACGAGUACAUUGCUACCAGGAACAGAGGUGUACAAGUUAUAUGACUGUAUCCUUUCGACAUGUGCCGACCCACAGCGGGCAUACAUGCACUUGUCUGUGGUUGCUGCCCUUGCGGAUCCUCUGCCAGUUUCACAAAUCUCAGAACUUCUCGGCCCUGGUCAGGGUAGGGAUGUGGAAAUAACACUGUCACAAUUACGAUGUGUCAUGGAAGUUCCUACCGAUAGCAGUCUCCCCGUGAAUAUCCACCACUCGUCCCUUCGUGACUACGUUUCCAAUCCCUCAAAUUGCAGCCUCCCUCAAGUACAAUAUCUCACACACCCUCACCACUUACUCGCCCAUUCCUCCCUCCGCUUGAUGAUGCACGACAUUCCAGAAAGCACAGCUCUCUUGGACGCCCUCUUGGAAUUGAAAAAACACACCCAAGCUGGGGAACCCCACAACCAGUGCUUAAAAGACUUCUUAACCUUUAUCGUGGAGCCACCGGACCCUCUGCAAGUUCUUAUGGGUCUACUGUGGCUUCGGGGAGAUCGCCGUCCAGGUAUGACAUCCUGGCUAGAGACCUUAGACGGACGUGCCUGGUCGCGGACCCAAGGAGGGAGAUGCUGGCUUGCGACCCAGGACAAGUCAUGGGCGUUGGGAUACCUGUUGAGGGUCCCACCUUCGCCUGGCCAACUGAAAAUUCUGCUUCAAGACCAAGGCGGCCCGGGGACCAAGCCAGUGCCAGUGCCACUGCCGCUGGAGAGGUGGUCACGGCAGGGGGAGUGGCUGGAGACCCUGGGCGAGCGAGAGUGUGAGACCUGGAGUGGGCCAGGUGUGGAGACCCGAAGUGGGCCAGCCUGGGUGCAGACCCCAGACGGGCAGGAGUGGUUGAGUACCAUGCACGGGCGGUAUUGGCUGGAAACACAGAGCGGAGAAAAGUGGCUGGGGACACAGAGCGGGGAACAGUGGCUGGUGAGUCAGAGUGGACAUGAAUGGUUACUGACCAAGAGCGGGCGAGAAUGGCUUCAGACCCAGAGCGGGGAACAGUGGCUGGGGACACAGAGUGGGGAGCAGUGGCUGGAGAGUCAGAGUGGACAUGAAUGGUUGCUGACCAAGAGCGGCCGAGGCUGGCUGGAGACCCAAAGCGGCCGAGACUGGCUGCAGAUGCCCAACGGUCAAGCAUGGCAGUCGACUCUCGCAGCGUCGGUCUGGGUGACAUUGGUAGAAGUCUCAAGCACAUUGGAAGCCAUCAACGAAUACACGAUCGUCUCAAAUUCGCCUUUACCCCCAGCCUUCCAAGUAAUUCAGCAGUGCAAGAGCUUGCCAGAUUUCUUGACUUUUCCCGUCGUCCUGGCGUUACGGCCCCAACACCACUCCAGCGAUUCUAAGCCGGCAAUUCCACAAGGCCGUCGUUUUCCGCCAGACAUGAGGAUCUUCGAUGCUAUGCAAGCCUUUGUGAGUUUUGCAAACGAAGCACAAGACCGAAGUCGACAAACUUCCGAAGCUCUCAAGUAUGCAUGUCAACACUGGGCCUUCCAUCUUUCUAGAACUAAGAAAUCAUGCAACAACCUCCACUAUAUAUUCAAGUCUUUCUGGGACCAUCUUCUCCUCUCCUGGCUUGAAAGGCAGUGGUGUUUGAACGGUCUACAGUCCUGCCUCGUCAUUUUAUCCGAAGGGGAGAAACUCGCAAAGGAUCUCCUUCACGCUCCAGAUUCAUCUCAGACAUCAGUCUGAAGCUGUCGCUUUUAAGCAAU